AUGGCGAGGUCCCAGCGUGGUGGCAGCAGUGGCAGACGCAGCAUGACCUAUUGGAUGUGCAGCUGCGGGUGCUGGAAUUGGGACUGGCGCCCCACGUGCACCAGCUGUGGGUAUGCCGCACCGCCCUGGGCUACGGAGGCACCCCGCGGCAAGGCGAAGCCCGGGGCUGACAAGGACGGCUGGGUGGACCAGCCUCGGGGGCGUCGAGCCCAACGGCAGGCCCGCAGCGCAGCGUCGCGCACGGCAUCCACCAAGUCGCAGACCUCGGCUUCGGCGGCGAGUGGGGCGCCCAGCAACGGAGGAGUAACGGCGAUCGAAAGGCUGCGGGCAACGGUCGAGCGGUUCGAGGCGCUGCAGGCUGGGCCGCCAGACGGCGUCGACAGCUGCUUCACGGACGUCGUGGCCAACCAGCUGGAGGCGAAGAGGGCAGAGCUGGCCAUCGCCCAGAAGGAGGCAGCGGAGCAGAAGGCCUCUGCGAUGCCGCGGUCGGCUCUGCUGCGCAAGGGGGCGAACGCCAUCAGCAAGGAGGAGAAGCGGCUCCGCGCAGCCCGCCAGGCCCCCGAGCAGAAGCAGGCGGCGCGGGACCUCGCGGAGGUCCAGCUGCAGAAGGCCCAGGACGAGCUCGCGGCGCUCGACGGCGAGGUGGAGGGGGCCAGCAAGGCGCUCCAGGUACUCGAGGAGGCAGCCCGUGAAGAGGCGGAGGAGCGGCGGCGCCAGCGCGCAACCGCGUGGGCUGGCGCCAGCCACGUGCCAGGGCUCCUCACGCAGCUGGACAUGCUGCCAGAAGCCUGGGGCUCCAGCAACUUCGAAGUGGCAUGGGCGGCCAUACGUACCCAGGUGGAGGCGGCGCGGGCGCAGCUCGCGGUGCCCCCGCCGGCUCCCGAGCGAGCGCCUUGGGCCGUGUCUUGCCCCAUGGACGAGAUCAGCAGCGACGAUGGCGAGCUCGCAGGCGGCGGCGUGCCUCGGCAGCCUCAGGCCGCAGCAGAGCGCGGCCAAGCCGAGCGGCACGGCAGCGCGCGCGGGGAGUGGCCGCAUGUGUCCCAGGCAUGCAAGCGGGAGCUUGUCGCGGAGGCCGCGGACCUGGCCCCUCUGGCGGCUCGCCCUGCUGGCCAAGCAGCUGGGGGCAGCGAUGGAGGACGCCCGCGCGCGAACGGCAGUGCCGAGGAGGUGACGUUGCCCCAGCCCCUAGGCGCCCAUGCUGCCAUGACGGCCUUCUUUCCCCGGGCUGACGGAGGAGUCCGACCAAUUGCGAACGGCCCACUGCCCAUGCGCAUCUGGGGCAGCCCGAGGCAGCCCACCAGCGCGCUGUGGGGGGCGGAGCACGAUCACCGCCUCUUCGGGGGCAAGAUGGCCCGCAAGUAUGACAAGGCAGGCUGGUGGGGCAGCGCCCGUGCAGCCGUUGCCGCCUGUGCGCGAGUGAGGGGAUGUGCCACCGCCAGCCUCUGCCUGGACAUCACCAGGCUCUACGAGAACCAGCGGCGCGCCUCCCUGCGGCGGUGCGGAGUCGAGCAUGGCUUCGACCUGCGGGCACUUCGAGGCAUGCACGUGCUCUACCAGGCGGGCGCUGGAGAGCGCAGGGCUGGGAACUCUUCUGCGAGACCUUGCAAGCCAGGAACCUCUUCAUGGGCGCCGCCCCUGCGGGGCGUGAAGUGCAUGAGGACCGUGUGCGAGGCCCUGGAGCCGUGCGCCGCGAGCGCGGGUGGCCCCCGCGGUCGGCGCCCUAGGGGCCCCCUGGGGACGCCGCCGCCCAGCGCGCCGAGGCGAGGCCUCAGCCCGCAGACGGCCAAGGAUAGCGAGGACUUCACGGCAUGGAUGCUCGCCACCUUCGCAGGGCCAGUGGUGGAGGAGGCCAGAGUCGACGGCAGCUCCACCGUGGCCUGCCUGCGCAGCAGGGCCACUGCCCAUCUGCGGGGCAGGGUCCUGGAGUACCUCGAGCCAGGAACCUUCGAGGAGGAGAAGGUGCCAGCCCACUGCUCGAGGCAGGCCGUGCCUGGCGGGCGCCUGACGGGGGCCAAUCGGCGCGACCUCGAGCAUGCUGAUCGCCUGGCCAAGGCGGGCACCCAGAUGCAUGCGACCGUGCUGGAGCUCAGGCGCUGGAUCUGGCGGGCAGCCAUCUUCUGGCAGAACAUCGUGGCCAAGGACUGUGAAGGGCUCCCUCCUGCGGCUGAGCAGCGCCAUGUACGCUUCGCUGCUGCAGAGGCGUCGCAGGCGGCAGAGGAGGCCGCUAGCGCCGAGCCGAGGGCCAGGCGGCCGCGCCUGGAGAGCGCACGCUCGGCUGGCAGCAGCUCAGCCGCCCUCUCGGCCAGCUCGAUAGCCUUCGGCAUCCUGGGACGCGCCCUCUCCUACGCCUGCACUGGAGAAGGUGGCGAAGGCCCAGAGCUCUUGGCGCGCACCAAGUGCGACACCUACGUGGCGUUGGGAGGUCGCUCGGAGCGGUGCCCGGGCGACAAGGCCGAUAAGGGGGCAGGACCCGUCGCAGCCUCUGGCUUCGAGGACCCCAUCCUGGGAUCACUGCCCGAGAUUGCGCAGGAGCGGUACCUGGUGCGGCUUGCUUCGCAGCGGAGCACAGCUACCGACCCCUCGGCUGCGGCAAGCACCGCAGGCAGCGCACCUGCUGCGGCCGCGGCGGCCGUCGAGGUGGGGGCCGCCGCCAGCCUGCCUCUGCGGCACCCAGCCGCGGCGAGGGCUGGCCUCAGCGGGGCCAUCGCAGUCUCGGAGGCGCGCAAGGCGGCGGCUGCGGCGGUUGAGGCAGCCGUGCACCGCCUGUCGCACGAGGCGCGGGCCUGGCGCAGGCUCUACGAGGACCUCGCGGCGGCCCUCGGGGCUACGGGCGCGGACGGCGAGCUGAGCAGGCGCUUGGCAGCGGCUGCCCCAGCCUUGGCUGCCCUCAUCCGUGGGGGGGUGCCGACUGCGGUCGAGCGCCUGAGACGGAACGUAGCCCUCCAUGCGGCAGCCGAGGGCAUCGACUUGCUGGACGCUGGGGCUGCGCAGCUCCGCGUGGCGCAGCACGGCCCGAGGCUCGGAGCAAAGUCCGCGGCUCCCGAGGCGGGCGCCUUCGGUGGUGCCUUAGGGGAACGGCGGGGCGAUGAGCCUGACGAGAAUGUGCGCGCCCUCCUGGCAGGCGCGGAGGCGGCGGGCCCGCUGCCUGCACUGCCCGCUGGGGCGCUGCGUGCUGUGGACCUGGAGAAGGCCCUCUCGGGAUCGCGGUUGGCGCCAGGCACGUGGGCCAAGCCGCGCGCCGAGACGGAGUCCUCCGUUUCGGGCCUGGCGGCGGGCUGGCACCUGGCCGAGCGCAAGCCUCAGCUGCCGCCAGAGAUGCGUUGCACAUGUGGUGCCGCAGUCUUCUCGGCCCCGCCGCUGGCCUCCGAGGCGCCCCUGGCGGCGUGGCAGACGGAGUGCGCCCUGGCGCCGCCGCCGCGCCCAGCGCUCCUGGAGUGCAGGUCAGGGCCAGGUGAGCUUGCCGACGACGCGGAGCCACCCCUGGUCGCGGACAGCGUCGGCAGCGGCGACUGUAAGGUGGUGGUCGGCAGCGCCGAGGCCGCCACGGCCUGCUCGGUCUCGCCGGCACCCUCGGGUCUUGAUGUAGGCGUCCUGCGCGACCUCGAGGUGCAUCCCGAGGCCCUGGUCGCGGAUUGCGUCGGCUGCGCCGCGGAGCACCAGGAUGCUGGCGAUGGAGUGUUCGCGUACUACCUCGGCGAGAACGAAGCCGCGCUCCUCCGUGGAAACGGAGACGGCGGUCGGGCUGCCGCGAGGCUCGCUGAGCUGGCCCUGCCGACCGAGGACGCCGAGGGCGAAGUGCGGCGAUGGCUCGCCGACUGGUCGAAAGUAGCUCACAUUUGCUCCCUGCAGGAGCAGCUGCGGGCUGCUAAGAAGGAGGCGCAGCCCCUGCGCUGGAAGGCAGGUUGGCUCGAGAUAGAUGCCGUCGGGGUGAGGUGCAGGGCAGGCCUACCUUUCGUCCUUGAGGAGUCUGGGGGCCGCCUCGCCUGGCAUGAUUUUCAUUCGUGA